CUAGUUCAAAGAUUAGAAUCAUAGAAGUACGCUAUUUACUCCACAUUAUAUACACCUCAAGGCCGCCAAUCAAGCAAUAUCGGACAGCCAGUCCCUCAACAAUGGCCACAGACACAAAGCCCCUCCGCUUCGCCGAUGUAGCGGUAACCUACACGGCCGACCAGUUCCAAGGCAUCUACCGGGGCAAACAAUACCACCCCUGCGACUUUGGGGAAGUCAUCCAGCGAGCCAAAGCCUACAACUGCGAAAAGAUGAUGUUAACGACUAUGAACCUGGAAGGAUUCCACCGCAACCUGGAACUCGUCCGUCAACACCCAGAAACAUGCACCCUAACACUAGGCGUGCACCCGUACCACGCAGGAGAGAUCUACGCCUCCACCAGUGAACCAUCCUAUCUCUCCCAGAUCCGCGAACUAGGCCAAUCCCUCCUCCGCGAGGAGAAUUCGCCGCUCGUAGCAUUCGGCGAAAUCGGUCUGGACUACGAGUACCUCGACCGCGCCGACAAGGAGACGCAAGCUCGAGCAUUCAAGGAUCAACUCGAUCUAGCAGUGGAAUUCCAACUCCCGUUGUUCCUGCACGUUCGGGAAUCCUGUGCCGAUUUCAUCGAGAUUAUCCGUCCGUAUCUACCCCGGCUACCUAAGGGCGGACUGGUCCACUCGUUUACUGGAUCUGUGAGCGAGAUGCGGCAAUUAACCGAUGAGCUGGGAUUGAAUGUCAGUGUGAACGGGGUAUGUUUCCGAACGGAGGAGCAAUUGGAAAUGGUGAAGGCGAUUCCUCUGGAGAAGUUGCAGUUGGAGACGGAUGCGCCGUGGUGCGAGGUGUUGAGUGGGGAUGAGAAGAUUGCGCCAUUCUUGGAGAAGGCGAGGGAAAUGCCAUCGGUGAGGAAGCACAACAAGUUUAUCUCGGGGCAGAUGGUAAAGAACCGUAACGAGAGCUGUUUCAUGGAGAGGGUAGCGAUGGUGGUUGCGGGGGUGAAAAGGGUAUCAGUGCAGGAGGUGGCGGAUGCAGCGUGGGAGAAUAGUGUCAGGAUGUUUGGGUUGGGGGUACGGCAGUAGGUCAGCUGUACUUGAGG